CCACGCCCACCAUUAAAGCCUGGAUGACGUAGGGCAAGUCUGUUGUCAAAAAUAAAAAAUGGCGUCGGUUUCAGAAAUGUACGAUGUCGGCUGGGAAGAGAUGAGAGACAAGCUGCGCAAAUGGAGAGACGAGAACUGCAGAAACAGCGAGCAAAUAGUGGAUGUUGGUUCAGAACUCAUCAGUGAACAUUCAUCGAAACUGGGGGAUGACAUAUGGAUUAUUUAUGAGCAGGUGAUGAUUGCAGCUUUGGACUGCAGUCGGGACGACUUGGCUCUGACCUGUCUACAGGAACUGAGAAAGCAGUUUCCAGAUAGCCACAGAGUGAAGCGAUUAUCGGGCAUGAGGCUGGAAGCUUUGGAAAGGUACGACGAGGCCAACAAGCACUAUGAUGCCAUUCUUCAGGAUGACCCCACAAAUACGGCUGCAAGAAAACGUAAGAUCUCUAUACUGAAGGCCCAGGGGAAGAGCACUGAAGCCAUUCGGGAACUCAAUGAGUAUUUAGAGCAGUUUGUUGGGGACCAAGAAGCAUGGCACGAGUUGUCAGAACUAUACAUCAAUGAACAUGACUAUGGAAAAGCUGCAUUUUGUCUUGAGGAGCUGAUGAUGACCAAUCCUCACAAUCACUUGUAUUGUGAGCAGUAUGCUGAGGUGAAGUACACUCAGGGAGGGCUGGAAAACUUGGAGCUGUCCAGAAAAUAUUUUGCCCAGGCUCUCCGACUGAACAACAGAAACAUGAGAGCAUUGUUUGGUCUCUACAUGUCUGCAAGCCAUAUUGCCGCAAGCCCAAAGGUUAGUGCCAAAGUGAAGAAGGACAACAUAAAGUAUGCUGCUUGGGCUGCCACUCAGAUAAACCGAGCAUACAAGUUGGCUGGCCGUGGUUCCAAGGAGAACAAAUGCUCCUUGAAGGCAGUGGAGGAGAUGCUGGAAUCCAUGCAGAUAACCAUGUCCUAGAUGCCCUCCAGCCAUACGUUCCUCCCUUUUCAUGUUGGUGACCACACACUCUUGAAUCCAUAUGGCAGCUCACAUAGCCCAAUGACCUAAAGCAAAACUUUAAUAUAUUUUAGAUUUUUUUGUCUUCUUUCAAGUUUCUGGUUGGUAUUUGACUGAAAUGAAUAUGGACAAUGGGAGACCACCACCCACACACACACACACACACACUCAUCUUGUAUAUUUAGGGCCAACUUCCAAGUUGUUUAACACUGUCUUAACCUUUCCCGGUAACACCAAUGCAACCAGUAAAGAUGGCAAGCUGUACAGUAAAUGGUAUUUAUACAGACUACCCUGAUGGAAAAACUUGCCUUUCAGUCAAGCUUGUUAAAAUGUCUUAAUAAAAAGUGAACUCAUUA